AACCAGCUGCCCUCUAGCGUUCCCGGACCGCGCGGACCUUUUCUUCCCGGGAUCGUGUUGCUGAACGGAGCGGUCGCAGACGAACGCGCAGGCGCCGAAGGUCCGAAGCCUUCCGAGGAAGCCUGAGCGAGCGCGGCCAUGGCGGGCGAGCGCCGCCCCGUACCCCGGCUGCGGGAUGUUUCGCGGGAGCAGUUCUUGCAGCAUCUGUAUCCACAGAGAAAACCACUUGUGUUGGAAGGAAUUGAUUUGGGGUCAUGCACAAGCAAAUGGACAGUGGAUUACCUAAGCCAAGUUGGAGGGACAAAAGAAGUAAAAAUUCAUGUUUCUACAGUUGCACAGAUGGACUUCAUUAGUAAGAACUUUGUAUAUAGAACUUUACCUUUUGACAAGUUAGUUCAGAGGGCUGCUGAAGCAAAGCAUGAUGAAUUCUUCAUAUCAGAGGAUGAGAAAUACUAUUUACGGUCACUUGGAGAAGAUCCUAGAAAGGAUGUUGCAGAUAUGCGGAAGCAGUUCCCUUCAUUAGAAGGAGAUAUUAAGUUUCCAAAGUUCUUCAGAGAAGAGCAGUUCUUUUCCAGUGUUUUUCGAAUUAGUUCACCUGGAUUACAACUUUGGACGCACUAUGAUGUAAUGGAUAACUUCUUAAUACAAGUGACAGGGAAAAAGCGUGUUGUAUUAUUCAGUCCUCGAGAUGCCCAGUAUUUAUAUUUAUCAGGUUCUAAGUCAAAAGUGCUGAAUAUAGAUAACCCAGACUUGGCUAAAUACCCACUGUUUUCCCAGGCCAGAAGGUAUGAAUGUUCCCUUGAAGCUGGUGAUGUGUUAUUCAUUCCUGCUUUAUGGUUCCAUAAUGUAAUUUCUGAAGAGUUUGGAGUGGGAGUGAAUGUCUUUUGGAAGCACCUUCCAUCUGAAUGCUAUGAUAAAACAGAUACCUAUGGCAACAAAGAUCCUGUUGCAGCAUCAAGAGCUGCACAAAUCUUGGACAGAGCCUUAAAAACACUGGCUGAUUUGCCAGAGGAAUACAGGGACUUCUAUGCACGGCAAAUGGUCUUACAAAUCCAAGACAGAGCCUACAGCAAGAACUUUGAAUAAGAAAAUGAAGUGGAUGUGGUGAAAAUAAACAUUUCAAUAAGAUUUAGGUCAAGUACUGGGAAAACAUUCAUAAAUUUUUAAAACAGUUUGUUAAAAAGAAAGAAAUCUCAGAUUAAGUAUGAAGGGGGGUGUUUAUAUUGUUUCUACUUGAUAUAAAAUGUUAGAAGUUUAAACAACAUUGCAGUAGAUUACACUUUAGCUUUAAAGAUGCAAAUAAUACAAGUACCACUUAAACAAUAAGACUCUAUACUGAAUCAUGGUGCAUGAAAUGUUCUGAUCAAACAGGCUUCAGUAUUUCCAACCCAUUGAUUCAGUAACGUUACCGAAAACCUGUUUUGUUUUGUUCUUUCCCUUUGCUUGCUUCUCAGCCACAGCAUUGGCAUCAUCCUGAGGCUAGCUACCCUCGUGGUCAUGGAUAGUUGCCAGUAGCAAUUGGGGCCUUGUACAUCUUCAUUUACAUGCAGUGGGAGAAUCUGGCUGGAUUUCACUGGCCCUGUCAAUCUGAAGUUGUCCCAGAAUUCUAAUGGGCUUGGAUUCAUAAAUCCCUGAGCCCAUCUUGGCAAAGGGUCUGAAAUAACCCUUAGGUCAGUUAGGCCUAUCAGAGCUGGAAGAAAAUAGAAUCUUCCUUUGAAGCAUGUGAAGCACAUAUAGAGCCAAAUGGUUAAUUUUUUAACUCAGGGUCCUGUUAUGAAAAGAAAAAAGGUAGACACUAAGAAUUCAGAGUCUGAGACAUGUUGUUAGAUUAGGAUGCCUAGGUGUCAACUUCUGGGUAGAUUUUUGAAUCAUAUUUGGGGUUUGGUUUAGAUACCUAAUAAACCUUGCAGGGUGUUUUGAUACAUAAUUAGGAGUGAGAAUCAGAUUUGAUUACAGUGGUUUAGAUGACUCUUUCUGACUUGUCCAUAACAUGUUUUAAUCUGAUCAUGUUUCUUCCUGGUUUUCUUGUUGGUUUUGAAUGUUAGAAAGUAAACUGGUUUUAGUUUGAA